UAGACAGACGAGCUGUUCCACUGUCCACCUGGCGUCAUACAUUUAACCUGAAGUCCUGCUCACCACACUCAUCCGUGACGUCCACUCAGGUUGAGGUUUAUUCUGUCAGCAUGGAGGACUCGUCAGAGCAGUCCCAGUGGGUGUCGCCUGCUCUGCUCAGCUCAGAUCCUCUGGCCGGUUUCUCCUCUGAGCCCGGGCUUUUGCCUCCAGGAGAAGAGGGCGAGUCCUUCUUUUCCAGUCAGGACACAGACUACACCAACCUACCUUCCUUCUUCUCCAACCCGAGCCAAAGCCGAGCAGCACCCACCUACAGACACAGCUCGGUUCGACAGGUGUACACCUCACCGAGCCUCCUCAGCAACCUCCAGCUGCUGGAUGGGCCAGGCAGUCACUCCCUGAGCUCACCCUACAACCCCCCAGCCUCCACCUGGAGCAGCAGCCCCCUCAGCAAGACCUCGCUGCACUCACACACCCCAACCUCCCUCUACACCCCUGGCGUCACCUCUUCUUUCAUCACCUCCAGAGACGGAUACUUGUCUCCGAGCAGAGAGGGCCGGGAGAGUCCCCGGCUUCAGGAGGCCCUGAAGGCCGAGCGCCUGAGCCCGUUGGGGGGGUCGGGGGCCAGCAGCAGUUUUCUGAAUCUGACUCCUGCUGCUGGGAGUGUGUACACUCCGUCGUCUCACCCACACAUGCUGAGCCCCUACAACUCCUACAUGACGGGUCCACAGGAGUACAACUCCGCUGCCAUCUACUCCAGCCCGGGAGCCUGGAUCAGCCCCUCAUACUCCCCCAAACUCCGCAAUAAGAUGAGGAUAUCCACUCCAGAGGCCAGAGAGUGUGUUAACUGUGGAGCCACAGCCACCCCCCUGUGGCGUCGGGAUGGUACAGGCCACUACCUGUGCAACGCCUGUGGACUGUACCACAAGAUGAACGGCCAGAACAGACCACUGAUCCGACCCAAGAAGAGACUGAUUGUCAGCAAGCGGGCUGGCACACUGUGUGCCAACUGCCACACAAGCAUAACAACACUGUGGAGACGCAACGCCAAUGGAGAGCCUGUGUGUAACGCUUGUGGACUCUACUUUAAACUGCACAAUGUCAACAGGCCGCUCACCAUGAAGAAGGACUGCAUUCAAACACGCAACAGAAAAGUGUCCAACAAGAACAAAAAGAGCAAGAAGGCCACCAUGUUUGAGCCGUACUCUGAGCCGCCAUUGCCUCAGCCUUCCUCCCUGGACGACAACUGCGGGUCAUUUUCCCUCGGCCCUGGGACACUCCUCACCUACAGCCACACACCGCACCUCAUCCCAACACCAUCACCUCUGCAUCCCUCCACCUCCCUACAAUACACACACCACCUCAACACUGGCAUGAUGCCCACACUGGUCUGAAAUGACAAAAAAGGCACCUGAAAGCUGUAUAUUUAGGAAUCAGCAUGCUUGCUUGCUAGUUAUUUGUGUGAAUUUGUACAUAUGUGUUUGGAUGACUCAGGUUUUCUGUUUAUUUUCAUUGUAUUUUAUUAUCAAGUCAGAUAAAAUCACUCUACUGAGGUUGCUGCGCAUGUAAACACACUGAUACGGGAAUUGCUUCAGCUGUAAAUACAAACUCAAAGCAAGAUCUGACUUCCCCCGUCUUCACCUCUCUUCAGUUAUUCAUAAUGUGAAAUCAUGCUUUGGUUUUGUGUUACACGGGUCUGUUUUGUAUUUGCAAGGUUGAUAUUACCAUAUUAGAACUCUACAGGGGAAAUAAUAAAAUGUGCGACUUAU